AUGGCUACUUCUACAGGUACUGGUUGGGCGCAACUGCGACAACAAGCAAGAUCGUUAGAAACUCAGACAGAGACUCUAUUUCACACAUAUUCGCAGUUCGCAGCGGUUCCGAAUAUCCCAGCAAAACCUUCUGAAGAUGAGCGGCAUACCGAGGCCAAAUUACAGGAUAUACUAGAAAAGCGAGAAACCCUCAUAUCGCAACUUACCAGACUCCUCGAUUCCGAAGCAACCCUAACAGCCUCCGCGCUUAAGCAGAACAAUCUGUCGCGCCAUAAAGAGGUACUCCAGGAACACCGACGCGAACUGUCAAGAUUAAAAUCGCAGCUGAAUGAGGCCCGCAACCGGGCAAAUCUCCUUUCGAAUGUGAGAAGCGACAUUGACGCUUACCAUUCCAACAACCCUGAGGCGGCAGAGGCGGAUUAUAUGUUAGGUGAAAGGUCUAGGAUAGAAAACAGUCACAACAUGGCAGAUAGUGUAUUGAGUCAAGCUUAUGCUGUCAAUGAGAGUUUCGGGAUACAGAGGGAGACAUUAGCCAGCAUCAAUCGUCGAAUUACCGGUGCUGCAAGCCAGGUCCCAGGAUUGAAUUCCUUGAUAGGGAGGAUAUCUGCGAGGAAGAGGAGAGACGGUAUCAUAAUGGGAAGCUUCAUCGCUUUCUGCUUUCUGAUGUUUUUGUAUUUUAUGUAA